AUGCAAAUAAACGCAGACCCACCACCAUUUUGGUCACCACCACCAAACACUUCCAUGCCUCGCCGUCGCUCAUCAUCUUCUUCACCACUUCUCUCAUCACCACUACUCAUCAUUCUCUUGCCGAUCAUUUUUUUAGUUUUCCUUUUCAUCACAAUCCCACCGUUGCUUUCCUUCACUUUCCAUAUCCUCAGACCCACUUAUAGCGUGAAAAGAAGCUGGGAUUCCUUCAAUAUAGUCCUUGUUGUGAUUGCCAUUCUCUGUGGAAUCUUUGCUAGAAAAAACGACGACGGAUCAACCAGUAAUGCUUUAUUAAACACAGACAAAACAACACACGAAGAAGAACCGACCUCACAACAACAACAACAACAACGGUUUCAAUACUCAGAAAGAAAGAUCUCUGACUAUGAUGAUCCUGACCCUUCUCGGAUUUGGUCACCGGCAACCGGUUUGACACGUUUGAAGAGAAGCAGUAGCUCGUACCCAGAUCUGAGGCAGCAAGACUCAACAUGGGAAAGGGACGACGCCGAUGAUCACCCGUUUCGGUUCUUUGAUGACUUUGGAAUCAACAAGUUUAACUAUAACUAUAAUCAUAACCCAGUUAGACGCGGAAGCUUUGGACAAGAACAAGAAGAAGAGGACGUUGAAGUUAAGGAAAUCCCAGUUGAUACCUUUGAAAUUCGUUCUUCUCCGGCACCACCAAAGUCACCGGCGCCACCGCCACCUCCACCACCUCCUCCUCCUCAACCAAAACGUACUUACGAAACGGUGGGUCGUAAAGAGAAAGAAGCCAAACAAAACGACACCCAGUUCAGAGAAGUGAAAGAGGAAGAGAAAAACAUACGUCGGACUCCACCACCAGCGCCUCCACCGCCACCAUCUCCGGCGGGAGUUCGUUCGGAGGAGCAGAGGUACGUGAAGAGUGGGCGUAAAAAGAGCAAUGUGAAGAAGGAAAUAAAAAUGGUUUUGGCUUCAAUAUACAAGCAGCGGAAGAGGAAUAAGAAGAAAAGAAAGGAUCCCUACGACGAGUCGCUUCCGUCUGAAGCUGACCGAGCUUAUUCUACAAGGCCACUACCAUCGCCGCCGCCGCCACCACCUCCUCCACCACCCUCUGUUUUUCACAGUUUUUUUAAGAAAGGGUUAAUCAAAAGCAAGAAAGUUCACUCAGUCUCAGUCUCUGCGCCACCGCCUCCUCCUCCGCCGCCACCACCAUCAACUUCAACCUCAUCGAGAAAGAAAACUUGGGUUCCACCCAAACUUCACCGGCGGUCAAGCUCGGCCACGAUCGGCAAGCCACCAUUGCCGACGAGAGUGACCAACUGGGAUAAGAGUGAGAGUGUGAAUGUGGGUGUGAACAGUGGGGCACAGAGUCCAUCGAUUCCAAUGCCACCGCCUCCGCCGCCGUUCAAGAUGCCGGAUAUGAGGUUUGUAGUGCGUGGGGAUUUUGUUAAGAUAAGAAGCGCUCACAGCUCUCGAUGUGGGUCUCCAGAGUUAGAGGACGUUGAUGGUUCAUCUUCAGUCAGCGUGAUGGACGGUGGAGAUGGUGUUGUUGCUGGUGCUGGUGUUGGUGGGUCCGUGUUCUGUCCCAGCCCUGAUGUGAACACCAAGGCUGAUAGCUUCAUAGCUAGGCUCCAUGAUGGAUGGAGGCUUGAGAAGGUGAAUUCCUUGAGAGAGAAGCAAAAGAUGGGCUAG